AUGGCUCACGGUUUCUCGAAGGAGAAGCUGAAAACUGUCGAAAGCCAGCUUUCAGAUGCGAGUCGGGAGCAGGACCCAACAUGCAAUGGCAUGGCACGACAUGGUUGCGAUUUUGGAUGGUGCAGACCCAUGAUUCUCAAAGGAACAGGGUUUGACCUGAAAGCCAUUUCUGAGGAGGUCAAAAGACUGCUGGAAGAGUUUGCAGCGUAUACACUUGCAAACGCAAAAGCUGAGGAGCUAGUUCGGGCUGUGCUUGACGACCUUGAAGCCUGGAUGACUUUAAAGGAACGGGCGGAGGCCGCCACAGCAUCCUCUGAGAGCCAAGACACCACAGCUGAGGGCAAAGCUGUCGAGAAGAAGAACAGGUUGGGCCGGACGGAGCUGCACAAUGCCGUGUGCAGUGGUGACAAAAACUACGUCCAGCAGCUCCUGAAAAAUCGCGCGUCUGUUGAUGCCACGGAUGGAAGUGGCCGGACACCACUACACUUGGCCGCCAGUGAGCUCUCGGAACCCGUCAAAAUCAUCGAGCUACUGCUGGAGGCCAGAGCCAGGACUGAGGCUGAAGACCUCAGCGGUUUCACUCCCUUGAAUUUGGCGUGCGAUUCGAAAUGCAAGGAAGCGGUGGCUGUUCUGCAGAGUGCCGGUGACGAAAACUGUCUUCAGCAGCUCCUGCAGAAUCGCGCGUCCGUGGAUGCCACUGACAGAAGCAGCCGGACAGCCCUACACUUGGCCGCCAACGAGGUCUCCGGACCAAGCAACAUAAUGCGGAUGCUACUUGAGGCUAGGGCAUCGCUCAUGGCCAAAGAUGUAACUGGUUUAACGCCCAUGACAUUGGCUUGCCAAUCAAACUGCCAAGAAGCAGUGGCAGUUCUGCAGAGUGUGAUGGCAGACCAGGCAGAGAAACUCAAAGACGAGGCCAGAGAAGAGUGGAACAAAUUUGUUUUCGAGAUCAAGGCACUUUGGGAGAGCAACAAGUUGAAGCAAGUCCUGGAGAUCCAAGAGCAACGAUUUGGCAAGGAGGAUAGAGACACCCUCAGCACCAAGAUCGAUCUGGCGGCUGUUCUGCAGCAGCAAAAAGAUUUCACCGCAGCACAGCAACAGCUGGAGGAAGUUUUUGAAGGUCUUGGCCGAGCUCCGUCUACCAAUCUGAAGGACGACCCAAUUAUGCACAGGGCUGUCGACCACUUUGCGAGUUUACUCGGCUGCCUUCACAACGACAAGGAGACAAAGUUGAAGGAAGUCUCGAAAAUGCACUCACAGAAGCUCGGGGAGGACAAUCCAAAGGCGAUAAACUCCAAGGCUGAGCUCGCAGUUGUUCUGCAAGACUUGGAUAAGGAACAAGAAGCAGCUCAACUGUUGAAACAAAUUCUGAGAGAACCACAUAGACAUGACCCGGGCAUCGAUUUUAUUAAAGAUCGUGCACCUAGCUCUGGACCUGCUGCUGUGGAGGACUCAGUCAUGGAUGAAAAGCAGAAAUUCACCUUGCACUUCGUCAUGAAAGAGCGAGCACACGCCAACACCCAAGACACCAGCGACAUUAAAUAUGAAGGGAAGAUUCGAUCUGGAGCCUCUGCUUGCUGGAUCUCCUUUCCGGGCAAAUUUGCCGCGGGAUGGGAUGCUUUGGUUGCUGAGUUGCAUGGUGAUAGCGUGGCCUGCGUCUUCUUGAGCACGCCAGAAUCUGGCUUAGGCAAACACCAUACGUUCAAAGAUGGAAGUUGCUACUGCAAGGAUAUUUACGGGGAGAGGGACUUUCAGACUUUUGGUUACUUGGUGAAGAUGAAAGAACUUGACAGCGACAAGUUGAAACGCGAACAAGAAAAGGCGAAGCUGACGAAUGCUGUCAUUGUUCCUGCAAAUGCAACACCUGAGAUGGAGGAGAGGUGUAGACAAGAGGCGAAGAGGAACUGGGAGAUGAAUGGCAAGAGGGCAGCGUGGGGAUGUCAAUGGUUUCAUGUUUGGAAGGAGAAGGUGCACGAAGCCGUUGAGAAGAAGCAGACUCUCAGAGUUGUAUUUUUUCCUGGCCAAAAGGGCCAAGGAAAAUUAAUGCUUCGAGAGCUCAAGUACAGAGACUUAUGGGAUGGCGUUGGCUGCGGCGGAAGCCAGAAAUGUGAGAUCGCAUAUGUAGAACACAUGCGGGCUGAGCAUGGCUCGGCGUGGGACUAUGAGGAGAUUGACGUAACCAGGUUUUUGGAGAAAGAGUUCCCGGUGCAUUCCACGGUUGAUGCCAAGCAGGGCAACAGGUGGCGAACAGGCGUGCUGUUGAUGACUGUCCCAAGUUUUGACCAUGAUGUAGUGACAAGGUCGGCAGAAUUAAAGUGGAUUGUUCAGUGCAAAGAGACACAACAAAUCUUUGUGUCGAGGCACAUUCGUCACGCAACAGAAGCAAUUCACAAUUUGCUCGACACCGGUCGCCAUGAUUUUUUGAAAAAGGCCUUGCAGAGUGCCAUUCCCAAGGGGAUUCAGGCAGAAUUGCCCUAUCAAACGAGACUGCCACAUGGUACCCCAUCGAUAGCUUUCAAUGUGAAGACCGACAAGAUUGAGAUCGCUCAAAUGCUGCGGGAUCAAGUUCUCAGUGGUGAGUUGAAUUUGAACAUGAAGCAAGCUUUGGCACAGGAUCCUCAUGCUAGAUCAGAGAUUCACGUGGACCAGUCAGAGUUUCUGGACAGCUAUGAUAGGAGUCUGCAGAGGCUGUCAAAGCUUACUCAGCAUCAGGAAGAGAAACUGAAGGAGCUGAAGCAACUCGACAAUCAAAACCUGCACCUAACUGCCCCUGCUGCGCCCGGGUCAGGGCCACUGUGCGUGAAAACAUGA